AUGGCCAUAAAACACCCAGACGCCCCGCUCGCCUGCCCCUACGCGCCAUCCGCAGCCAUCCACAGCCAUCUCACAAAUUCAAAAAUGAAGUCCUGCAACGCCUUCAUCCGCCUGCUCUCACUCUCCGUGCUGCUUGGCGGCGUGUGCUCAAUGGACGACCCUUCACGUGCUAUGUUGGCCAGGCACGUCUGGACGAGAUCCCCUGUAACUUUGGACGUUGGGGAUACACGGAAGGGAGACGAUAGGGUAGCCACUCGAGCUUUCGGGCAACGUUCUGAUCGCGAUCCAAUUGAUUACAACAUUUAUGUCAACAAUCCGUUCGAAAAAGAUAUGAAAGUGGAGGUCAAACUCAACGGCAUGCGUAUAAACGUCAAAGAUCCCGAGCGUGCCGAAAUUAAAACUAUCCGAGCAAAUCGCCUCGACCCAAUCAUCGUCGCUACCACGGACCACAUACCGAAAUGUGUAACGGUGAAAUAUGUGCUCCCCAAAGCCGAGGCCGAUAUAUUCCGACCUCAUCUGGCCCCGCGCAGACCUCUAGCAACCAGCCCAUAA